AUGCGUGGUCUUUUCCUUCUUGCUCUGGGUGCUAUCCCGGCGCUCGUCAGCGGUCAACUCUCUGGCAGUGUUGGCCCGUUGACCUCCGCUUCCACCAAAGGUGCGACAAAAACAUGCAACAUCCUCAGCUACGGCGCAGUGGCUGACAACUCGACCGAUGUGGGGCCUGCCAUCACAUCGGCCUGGGCUGCAUGCAAAAGCGGAGGUCUUGUCUACAUCCCAUCUGGCAACUAUGCCCUAAACACCUGGGUCACCCUGACUGGGGGCAGCGCGACCGCAAUCCAGCUGGAUGGUAUCAUCUACCGCACAGGUACCGCGAGUGGGAACAUGAUUGCAGUCACUGACACCACCGAUUUCGAGCUGUUCAGUAGCACCUCCAAAGGUGCUGUGCAGGGAUUCGGCUAUGUGUACCAUGCGGAGGGUACCUACGGAGCACGAAUUCUGCGCUUGACCGACGUGACUCAUUUCUCCGUGCACGAUAUUAUCUUGGUGGAUGCGCCUGCUUUUCACUUUACCAUGGACACCUGCUCCGAUGGCGAGGUGUACAACAUGGCGAUUCGUGGUGGCAAUGAGGGCGGCUUGGACGGGAUUGAUGUCUGGGGAAGCAACAUCUGGGUUCACGAUGUUGAAGUGACCAACAAGGAUGAAUGUGUAACAGUCAAGAGCCCUGCCAACAAUAUUCUGGUGGAGAGUAUUUAUUGCAACUGGAGUGGUGGUUGCGCAAUGGGAUCGCUCGGGGCCGACACCGACGUCACCGACAUUGUCUACCGCAAUGUUUAUACCUGGUCGUCGAACCAGAUGUACAUGAUCAAGAGCAAUGGUGGCAGUGGAACGGUGUCGAAUGUUCUGCUGGAAAACUUCAUCGGGCACGGUAAUGCGUACUCGCUCGACAUUGAUGGCUACUGGAGCAGCAUGACUGCGGUGGACGGGGACGGGGUGCAGCUGAACAACAUCACUGUGAAGAACUGGAAGGGCACCGAGGCGAAUGGAGCGACCCGACCACCGAUCCGAGUUGUGUGUAGUGACACGGCGCCUUGCACGGACCUGACGCUGGAAGAUAUCGCCAUUUGGACCGAAAGCGGCUCGAGUGAAUUGUACCUGUGCCGUUCCGCUUACGGAUCGGGAUACUGUCUGAAGGACAGCUCUUCGCACACAUCCUACACCACGACCAGCACUGUCACGGCAGCUCCAUCAGGGUACUCGGCAACAACCAUGGCAGCCGACUUGACGACCGCAUUUGGCCUCACUGCUUCCAUUCCUAUUCCGACCAUCCCGACCUCGUUUUAUCCCGGGUUGACCCCAUACAGUGCCUUGGCAGGCUAA